GUAAAGAACAUAACCUAUGUUAUUGAUACGAUUUUCUUUCGGAAACGUAUUCUUUUCUGAAAUAAGUUUAAAAUAAGUAACUUUAAUUUUCAUGAGAAUUAUGGAUACGAAUACAAAAUUAUGCCAAGGUAAAGACGUUUUUGAAAGGAUGAAUUUCCUAUAUCAGGCAAGUUAUUUGAUGGCAUUAAAAAAUAGGGUAGCAGCAUCAUAUUAUGGUAAUAUAAUGGUUGGAUGUGCAAAAAAAUCAGUUUUAAGAUUAGGAUCUGACAUUAAAAGGACAAUUUGUAAAUGUUGUCAAUCACCACUUAUACCUGGUGAAACAGCAAGAGUGCGAUUAGUAUCAAAACCGAUAAAAGGUGUGAAAUGGACAUGUUUAACGUGUUUCAGCAUUAGAAUGUAUCCUACAAAAAAAGGAUAUAAAUUAUGGGCUGAACAACCAAAUUCAAUAGUCCAAAUUUUUAAUUAUGGAUCAAAGUCAGAUGAUAAAUCUGACACUACAGUAGAAAAAAAGAAUUUAGAUAUAGGGAAACAUAUGGAUAUUGAAAAGAAUUGA